AUGGCGUCUUCCGGUCUAUCGUCAUUGCGAGCAUGCGCACUCACAUGCCUCUGUCUCUUCUUGCAGCAUGUUUCGGCGUACGUGGGAAGCGCCACGGUAUCUAGCACGAUCCUGGUCAUUGCACGCGAUUCGACAUCGGCCAUCAAUGGCGCUACGCUUGGCCUACAGGGUUACGGCAUUCCUUAUGAGAUCGUCACUGUUCCCCAGGCUGGUAUCACGAAUCUUCCCCUACUCAAUUCCUCGGCUACACAUGGCAACUAUGGUGGCAUUGUCACCAUAAGCGAAGUGGGAUACAACUAUGGAGACCAAUAUUACAGCGCGCUUACUAGAAGACAAUGGAAUGAUCUGUAUGCAUAUCAAACCAACUUCGGUGUGCGAAUGGUCCGUCUCGAUGUGUUCCCCACUGCCGACUUUGGGGUCGUCAGCAACGGUGGUAAUUUGAACGAUGAGCCGGUAUCCUUCACAAACAACACUGGAUUUACCACGGCUAACUUGAAGCCCAAUGUAGACGUGAGUAUCGCGAACAUCUACCACACCCCUGCGACAAUUACAAAUUCCUCGAUGGCAUGGGAAGUUGCCAAGUUCUCUGGCAGUGGAACAGCUGCAGUCGUCAACCAGAUAGGUCCUCGUCAACAGAUGGUAUGGUUUUUACCUUUUGCCCUAGAUUGGGCACCCUCGAGUAACAUUCUGCAACACGCAUGGAUUACCUGGGUCACAAGAGGGCUCUUCGUUGGCUUCAGGAGAAUCUACUUCAGCACACAAGUAGAUGAUAUGUUCCUGGAGACGCCUAUGUACCGACCUGCAGGCGUUAAUUAUCGCGCCAAGCCCGACGACCUUUCGAUGCAUGUUACUUGGCAGGCCGAACUGAAUGCGAAGAUGCCUACAGGGUCCGAGUUCUUCAUAGAGAUUGGACACAACGGUAAUGGUGAUAUAGAGACCUCUACAGAUACGACUGAGGGCGAGAGGCUCUGUAGUCCUACGUCCGCGAUUGAAUACCCCGAUCAAAAGGACGGUAACCCAGAAUACCAAAAGCCUCCCGGUACUGGCACCAAUAUCUGGCCUGCUACACCUUCCCAGUAUACAUGGAGCCUCGAGUGUGCGGAAAUAGAUGAAUUGCAGAACUGGUUCGCAGAUGAGGAGCAACGCGACGCCUUCGCGCACAUUUCGCAUACCUUUUCGCACGCUGACCUGACUAACGCGACGUACUCUGAUGCAUCGAAAGAGAUCUCGUUCAACCAAGCCUGGCUGAAACAGGUCGGUCUUGAUGCUGCUCAACGCUGGAGUGGAAAGGGUAUCAUUCCGCCUGCUAUUACUGGUCUCCACAAUGCAGAUGCCAUCAAGGGAUGGAUGGACAACGGGAUCGUCAACGUGGUGGGAGACAAUACGCGUCCAGUCCUUCGCAAUCAGCAAAACACCUUCUGGCCAUUGACUACCAAUGUUGAGAACAAUGGUUAUGCAGGACUCAACGUCAUGCCACGCUGGGCUACGCUCAUCUACUACAACUGCGAUCUCCCGGCCUGUACAUUGCAAGAGUGGAUCGAUACAUCAGCAGGCAAGGGAACGUUCGACGAUCUAAUGGACAACUCUCGAGACACCGCAAUGCGCAAUCUUUUCGGAUUGCAUUGGGACCCGUAUAUGUUCCAUCAAGCCAAUAUGCGCGUCAACGACGUUCCAUCUACCACCGUGAAUGGAAAAAGCGGGCAGUAUUCGCUACUCAUGACGUGGAUCGAGGUCAUUUCGGCUGAGAUGAUGCGCCUAACCACCUGGCCUUUCAAGACACUCAAACAUGAUGAUCUUGCGCAGCAGUUCAUCAAUCGACAAACUCGCGACCUAUGCCGACCGAGCUUGACAUGGACAACAUCCGCAAACGGCGCCAGUAUCGAAUCUGUUAAUGUAUACACAGCAGGAGGCAACAAGUGCGGAACGACGAUACCCAUCACUUUUCCAGGGGAUGUGACAAGCACGACUGGUGCAACCAAAGAGCAGCUUGGAAGCGAUCCUCUUACAUUGUGGGUAUCGAUGAGUGGCGCAAGCAGGCAGUACAAGUUCUCAAAGCCCAUUCCGCUGUAA